AUGUUCAGAAACUUAUUUUUUAUUUUGAGAUGUGGCAUAAUACUUACUCUGGGAAUCGCUAUAAUGGUCAUUGGUAUUGUCAUAUGGGGCUAGUCUACCUCUUAAUAUGGAAUGGUAAUUGAAAGUGAAACUUAGGCCUGGUCUUAGAAUCCUAUUAUCAAUGUAACUAUUUCCAAUACAUCUGAUUGUCCAAAAAACUAUUAACCUGUGGCAGGUAAGUUUUUUGGCACAUAAGAUUAUUGUGAAACUUUACUUGGAUCUAGAACUAUUGGAAAUUGCGGUAAAAAGAAGGGAAGUAAACAUUAUGGUCUUGGGGAGCAGGAUGUAAUGACAUUUUUAGAGGGCAACCUAAUUUGCAUUAAAAAAUAGCAAAAUGUAGACUAUCAUUCAUUGGCAAGUUAAAGAAUGAAUGAAUGUUCACAGCAAAAUUCGUGCGGACCAAGUUAAGAUCCAGACAAAAAGUUCUGUGUCAGUAGUGAUAGGCAAUGCCCAAUCAAUUCUUUCCUAAUGUUUUAAUUCGAAACUUCUCUGGAUAAUAACACUUACACAGAACAGUAGCUGACACCGAAUUGGUAUGGGUAUUAGAUUUAUGAUUUUAAAGCUAAAUCGCCGGUUAUAGAUUUUUAUGCAUCUGUUUCAAAGCCUUGUGGAAAUUUAUAGCAAAAAUACUCUAGAAGAGACAAGUCAAUUCAUGAUAUCUAUACUGAAUAUGGCACAGAAACUUGCAAAUUUGAAAUGAAUGGCAGUCCAGUUCAUACUUUAUUUUCUUAAACAGGAUAUUCUACAACUGAAUUGAGCGCUUAUAAUAAUUAGAAAGGCUUAAUAUCCUCAAUUAAAUCUAAAGUUUUUGACUAUAAUAGUCAAGAUCUGGAAUAGAACCAGUUUAGUCUUUAUCAAAGAUCCUAUUCACUCUGGAAGUAAUCUUGCUAAAAUGUUCAUAGUACAAGAGUAGCAGCAGAAUAAGGUUCUCAUGUAGGUCAUAUUUCUGAUGUUGCAGUUGGUAUAGCCUAUCUCUCUAUAAUCAUAUUCAUCUAUGAGUUACUCUAAAAUUGCAUAAACUUUUUCAUUGAGAAAAAAGAGGAUAAUAUCUAGAAAAAAGCCUAAAAAAUAUGCUCAUAUUUCUUCUUAUUCGCCUUGAUUCUCGAGUUUUGCUUACUUAUCCUGUAUAUUAGUGUUCUCUCUAUAAUGAGGAAAGUUGACUUAGAGCAGAUGAAAUACUUUAGUGAGAAUAAUUGUUCAGACGAAGUACUAGGCUUUGCUUUAGACAAAUUUUAUGAUGGGUUCUCAAAGGACUACUCCGUAGUAGUAGCUGGGUUUGUGCUAUUGAUAAUAACAUUUUUGGCAAAUAUUUUGAACACGAUACUCUUAUCAGACGUUUUUAUGUGCAUAAAGUGUAGAAUAUUCAAGGAUAGGAUUAACAAAGACUCUCGAUUAGAACUUAAUAGUGACAUGCUUAAAAAUAAGAUUAAUUCUAAAAUUGGAAGUAUGUUCAAACGUAAUAAAAAGCAGGGUGAUAAUAAUUUUGAGCAAUCUUCUAAUACAAAUCCAGAGCAAAUUUACAUUGAUGCAGCAUAGAGAAAGUAAAAUUACCCAGUUCAAUCUGAGGGUAUAGUAUUAGAGUUAGAAGAGAAUACUCUCCAUUAAGAUGGGUUGAGCGAGAGCCAGAAGAUAAUAGGAUAUAAUUAGCUGAUAUAAAACCAAAGCAACACUGAAAAUUUUUCACAUCUACAUGUAAAUGAUUAAUCCAACUCAGUUUAUUCACCUGAUAAGCUUUACUAUCAAGAUAAUUAAAACUACAACUAACACAAUAAUAAUAAUAAUAAUAAUAAUCAGUACUUAGAAUCAAGAACUCCUUUUGAGCAGAAUGCUAAUUAAGUGUCCUAUCAAGAUGACUACAAAAUGUGA